AGUGAUGGCUCAAGGUUUGGGCCCAGAGCGGCAAGACAGCCAAGGCGCACAACCCGAAGCGGCCAGGUCGCCCAUUUGGUCUCAGGCAUGGCGCUCGCGCAGCAGGACCUGCAGAGCCUGCACGAGGGGCUCGUCGCCCUGCGGCAGCAGGUGCUCGCGCUGCAGGCGCAGGCCGCGUCGGGAGGCGGAGCCCACGACGUGGGCGCGCAGAGCAGCGCGGCCUGGGUACUGACCUGCGCGGCCCUGGUGUGCUUCAUGCAGGCCGGCUUCUCCCUCGUCGAGUCGGGCACUUGCCGAGCCAAGAACGCGCUCUCCAUCCUGGUGAAGAACCAGGUGGACUUUCUCUGCGCUGGACUGGCGUGGUUCCUGCUCGGCUGGGGGGUCGCGUUUGGCGACUCGUCGCCCACGGCAGGGCUGCUGGGAACGACGGAGUAUUUCGGCGAGGCGGUUCUGACCAAGACGGGGGUGUCCGACCACGCCCUGAGCUUCCACUUCCAGCAGAUGUUUUGCGCAGUGGCCGGCACCAUCGUCAGCGGCGGCAUCGCCGAGAGGGCCGAGCUGCGGGGCUACGUCCUCUACAGCGUCUGCAUGGCAUCCUUCAUAUACCCGUGCAUCGCGUGCUGGUGCUGGAACCCCGACGGAUGGCUGGCCGCGUGGGGUUUCGUGGAUUUUGCUGGCUCAUGCGUCGUCCACCUGACCGGAGGUACAGGAGCGUUGGUCGGGGCUUGGGUGGUCGGUCCACGAACGGGGCGCUUUGGCACGGCCGGGAUAUCCAAUUAAAAGACAGGCACGAGUUCUCGCCCCACAAUGUUCCCUUCAUCCUAAUUGGCACGAUGAUCCUCCAACUCGGAUGGUACGGGUUCAACGCAGGCUCGAUCAUGAGCAUGGAGACUGUCGCGGACUCACGGGCAGCGACGCUCGCUGCCGUGAACACCACCAUGGCUGCCGUGGCAGGAGGGCUCGUCGCUGCCAUGACCUCCUUCCUGCGGAAGCGCAGGUGGGACGUGCCCUUCGUUUGCAACGGCGUCUUGGCAGGCUGCGUGUCCAUUACCGCCAGCUGCCCCUUCGUGUCUCCCUGGGCAGCCCUCUUGGUCGGCGGUGUCGGCGGCGUCUGCUUUGGCCUGGCCAGCUCUCUGCUCUACCACCUCCACAUCGACGACCCUAUCGGUGCUUUCCCCGUUCACGGGGCCUGCGGCUUCUGGGGCGCUCUUGCCGUCGGCAUCUUCCAUCGGAGCAGCGACGUGAUGGGUGGGCCAGCACAGGCCCCCGAGUUCUAUGUGCAGCUGGUUGGGGCCCUUUCGGUCUGUGCCUUCUCUGGCUUCAUGAGCCUUUUCGUCUUCCUGGUCCUAAGGCGAGUCGGCAUGUUGAACUCCAGCUUGCGAGAUCAGCUCAAAGGCCUUGAUCGAAACUUCAGCUUCGAGGCUUACAACUCUGGGGAGGUGAAGAGUUAUCACGCCUUCCUCUCCCAUGCGAAGAGCACCCAUGGCGCCACGGCACGAUGGCUUCAGCUUGAGCUCGCGCAUUAUGCCCGAGGCAGGAGCAGUAUUUUUCUCGACUCUGACAACCUCGUCAACCUGAACCAUCUUCUCGCCACGGUCCGCGACAAGGUCGACGUCCUCGUCGUGUUGGCGACCCCGGAGAUCUGGUGGCGGCCGUGGUGCGCCGGGGAAAUAACCGUUGCCAGCUCGGCCGACGUGCCGAUCGUGCUCGUCAUGAUGGGUGCCUCAGGCAAGCCGUUGCAUUUGGAUUUUCGUGAGAUCUCGCAGGACGUCCGUAAGAACAUUUCGACCGAGGCCAUGGACACCCUGGCGCCCUUCGGCAUCGGGUAUGGAGAUAUCGAGAUGGCGUACAACAAGCUGGCCACAAUGCCACAGGUACAGUUCGGCCUGCUUGGACGCAGGGACAUACGCGACGCCAUCGCCAGCAUCGCCGGCUACGCGGGCCUGCGGCGCCGUGACCCGUGGGCUCGCAGGACGAGGGGCGUGGCAGCCAGAGCAGCAACCUCUCACGCGGAGCUGGGUCGCCGACUGUCGAGGAGCUGGAUGCAGCACACCAGCCCGAACUACGUCAUCAUCGGAGACUGGGGCGACUUAGAGGCCGUGGCGGCCAUGCACAUCUGCCAGCAGGCCCUUCAGUACGCGAGCGAUCAGGACUCCAACUUCCGCAUCGCGGCUUGCACGGAGAUGUCGGAGGCGAAGGUUCUCGGACUCGUCUGCGCUGGAGCGACGAUCAUCAUGGUGCUCUCGAAGGGCGUGUUGCAGUGCCCGCUGGUUCGGCGCGCCUGCCUUCUGCGCGCCAGUGCGCUCUGGCCUGACGGCUUCGCCGGCUCUUGCAGCGCCAGCCAGAGCUCCUUUGCCGUGACCAUCGAUGCGGACCGACUGGGCUUCGAGUUCCCGGGCGCCUCCUUCUACGAGGAGCUGCAGGCGGGCAAGCAGGCGGGCAACGGCUUGGAGCUGAGGACCGCGGACCGUGCCAGCGGGUGUCUGCCGAUGACCGCCUUCGGGAGCCGGGCGGCGGAUUGCCAGCGCGGGGCCGAGUCGCCGUGCGGGGGCGAGGAGCGGGCAGCCGCACUGCUGGCUACGUUCUUCCGGCUCUUGUUCCAGCAGAUCGCGCUGCCGAUGUCCACGCACGGGUCCUGGAAGGCGAUCCAGCAGCAAAGCUUCUCGAUUUACGAGGCGGCCAUGCGGACGCCACGCGUCCCGGUCGACCCCCAGGAGUAUCCCAGGGCCGAGUCGAGCCUCGGCAGAGGCAAGAUGAAGACGCUGCUGCAGUCCAGGAGCUCGCUGUCCACUCUUUCCGGAGGGACCCUGAGGGCAACCUGCAGCAGCAUCGGCGAGGCGCCCGCCUCCGCGAGCCUCCCCGCCGCCAGCCUCUGCAGCUCCAGCGGCGAGGGGCCGACCGGCAGCGGGGCCGAGGCCGAUGUGGAGGACGAGCCCAACGCCUGGGGCGCCGAGGGCGCGUGCGCGUGACCGCCGCGGCAGCAGCCCGAUCGCCAGGAGGCCGUUUUGACAUCCCCCGGUAACAGGCGCGACGAGGGGAGAGGGAGUGGGCUGGUCGUGUCACGAUGCGCGCCAGCCUCCGUCUGGGAAUGCCCAAGGAUGGCCAGUGCCCAGGCGGCGCCGGCGCGGGCUUUGCUGUGCGCUAACGAUCGUGCCGCGGGGAAGGAGGGGCCUGCCCCCUCCCCCUAGAUGCUGGGAGCGGACCCCCCGCAGGUAUGGUGCUGUCUCGAUGGGCGGUGGGGGGAGGGUUCGGGAUGCCUCGAGCACGCGGCGAGCUCCGGGCCCGGCCCCCGCCGCCUCUCGAUUCGGAGGGAGCCGCGGUUGGCGGGGGCAGAGUUCGGAUGUCUCCACCUGUGGGCAGCUCCACAUCUGGGUGGCGCCCGAGCCUCAGCCCGAGCCCGAGCCCAUUCCAGUAGGCCUCUGUUCUGAGAGGAGGCUUCUCUGCCUUCGGGGAUGGCUCCGACCAGUUCUCCGACGGCCGGAGGACUUCCGAGCCUGCGGAGAAGGCCAGGCCCCCGCGGCCGGCCGCCGACAGAAUUCUGAGAGCGGGGCGGCGCGGUCGGCGGCCCCUGGAGUGGAGCUCCGGCAGGAGGUCGCGCUGCCCCAUCAGCAGCAUCGUCAUCAUCUGCAUC